AUUUCGUUGAGAGUCGUGAAAUUGAGCUUCGGGUAGUUGGACGUUGCAACGGCAGAUUGAGGAUGAUCGUCGAACGAUUUUUGUCCCUCGAUCUAAUUUCGCUUCUCGUUAUCGCUUGUUUGUUUAAAUUUUGUUCAUCCACGUGGAAUUUUUCAGCUGUCAAUCUCACCAACGACGUCCCCAUAUGGAGGUUCGCCUUCUGGAGAAAUCGAGCCUUUUUUGCUGUACCAAGUUUCUCGAGACGUGGACAACUCGUAAAUAGCGAAUUAACUCUUCUCGAGUCUUGCUGGCCCGAACCGGGAAGCAAUCACAGUGGAUUCGCUGCAACACUCGCCGAUAACGAUGUACGAAUAUUCCCAAAGUCGGCGCUCGCUUUCGACAAGUGUCACAAACUCUCCUCGGUCGUUGCUCUGGAUAUCGAGUCACGAGGCAGACUUUGGGUUCUGGACGCUCCCGAAGAUCACGAUUGUUCGGCAAAAAUUCUCGUUUACGAUCUCAGACGUAACGACCUUGAGAUAGCUCGUACUGACCUGGGGGGUGUAAGGAAAGAAAAUUUGAAAAGCCUCGUAAUCGAUCCUGUCUAUGGGCUCUGGGGCCCACGAGCCUACGUCGGUGACCCCGGUGACGAAUCGAUCAUUGUCUAUAGUUUGUUUAAAAGAAGAUGGUGGCGAUUGAAGCUGACAAGCGACCACAGGAUUCCGAGUUUCAGUCCUACCGAAAUGGCGAUUUCACGAAAAAGUGCUUUCCUCUAUUUGACGGAUUCACGAUCGCAAGAUCUCUUCAGUGUCGAUUUGGAAACGUUGAGAGACGAGGAGGGGCCUUCGAUCUUCCACGAGAGAGAAAUAGAACGCAAUUCCAGCAUCCAGUGGGUGGGAAGAAAAAUGGGCAAAUCGUCAGGACUGGCUAUCGAUCAAAGGGGUGGCCUUCACUACUUCCUGGUCACGGAACAUGCGAGCGUACGUUGGGACAUGAAACACGAUUUGAAAGCCAACGGUUACUCGAUUCUUCUCCAGAGCGCAGAAGUUCCUUGUAUAACUGAUUAUAGACUCGAUUCUCAGAGGAACGUUUGGGCUCUCGUUAAUCUUGAAAAUCCCCUCGUCAAAACUUCCAACACCAUUUAUCAAGGCAAAUGGCACGCUCAUUUUCGCACCGCCCGGAUUUUCAAGCACAAUUCUUUCGCCCCUUAACAUUUAAUUGAACAAUUCAAUCGCUGGAACACGUUGCGAGUCGACGAUCGAAAAAACUGCGAAACGAUUUUGUAAAUACGUUUCAUCGUAUAAUAAUAAACGAACAUCCUCGGAA